UUUGUAAAGGAAGGGGGGGGCUGAGAGAAUGAAGAAAGCAAAGAAAAAUCUUCCGGGGGUUGUUUGUUUGGAGAGCUGAACGGAGAAACUGCCAAAACACAUGUAGCAAACAGCCGUGCCAAAAACUGGGUCAUAAAAAGAAAAAAACUUUCUAAAGUUUUGUUGUUAUUGUUCCGCUCCCCCCCUCCCUUCCAUUUAAACUAAAUCCCUGGAAGAUUCUUUUCUUCUACUCUUCAGCCUGCCAGUCGCUCAUCAAGGUUCAAGUCCCACCAGGCCUAAGGUUGACUCAGCCUUCCAUCCUUUAUAAGGAAGCAUGAUUUUUAAAAAGAAUUAAUACAUGCUUGACCAUAAACGUGAGAACAAUUGUCAAUUGCUCUAUUAUUAUAUGAACAGGUCAUAUAAUGGAACAAAUAAAUAAGUUCCUGUAUAAACACAAAGGAUGCUAUUUUACAGAAGGGGUGUCACCUGAAAGUAUAGAUUCACUGGAAAGUUUUGAAAUCCGAGAUGAUGAUAUAUUUAUAAUCACAUAUCCUAAAUCUGGCACAAUAUGGACUCAAAAUAUUGUGAGCUUGAUUCUUCAUGAAGGUCAUCGAGAUGGAACUGAAAAUACUACCCUGCUUGACAGAGCUCCAUGGCUAGAGUGUAAUAUUUCCCACAUAGAUUUUCCCAAUCGCCCAUCACCUCGUCUCUUUACUUCCCAUCUGCCCUACUAUUUGGUACCCAAAGGAUUACAAAAUAAAAGAGCAAAGAUUAUUUAUGUGCUUAGAAAUCCAAAGGAUGUAUUGGUUUCUACCUAUCAUUUUACCAAAAUUACACCUGUAAGGGAAACACCAAAAGAUUUUGAUACAUUCUUGGAGUGGUUUUUGACUGGCAAAGUGCCCAGCAAUUUGUGGCUAGACCAUGUAGAAGGCUGGUACACUCAUAAGGGUGAUUUCAAUAUUCUCUUCCUUUCUUAUGAAGAAAUGAAAAAGGAUCUGAGAAGUUCUGUACUGAAAAUAUGCAACUUCUUAGGAAAAAAACUAAGUGGAAAAGAGGUGGAUGAUGUGGUGGAUAAAGCUACAUUUGAUAACAUGAAAGCAGAUUCUAGAGCAAACUACACAUUCAUGCCUCCUGACAUUGUAGACUGCAGAAAAGGAGAUUUUCUUCGCAAAGGCACUAUUGGGGACUGGAAGAACCUCAUGACUGUUGCCCAGAAUGAAAGGUUUGACCGUGUCUUUAAGGAGAGGAUGGAAAAGCUGCCCUUCAAGUUCUGCUGGGAUAUUCAAGAGGAUCCUGAGCCUAUUUCCAGCUCAGUGGAGGAAAAUAAUGGGUGAUAUACACUUUCAAAUGGAAUUGAAUUAGAGAUGACCUUCCAAGAAUGAUCUUUCUGUAACCUUGUAAUGUUUGAUUCUCAACUUUAAGUAGGUGAUCGAACAAAGCAUCAUUAAAUUCUCUGCUAUUAAUAAAAUAGAAACUGCAGAACGCAAUUAAAAAUA